UCGGCAUCAUCAUCAUCAUCAGUUUGCUGAACCGCCGGGGCCUUGACCAUGCAAAAGGCGCCUGCGGGGUCCCGGUCCAUCAAGGGAACCGAGAUCGUCGAGUUAGGUGCAGCAGAGCCGACAACCUUCCUCGGCCCACAGGAUAACCCCACUCGAUUGGAAGUGUUCAGAUGGCGCGUCGAGGAAUUCCUCAACCAGGGGCACAUGAUGCUGCUUAUUCUGCGGAACCACGUCCAUAACUCCUACCCGCAGUUCUCUCGGGAGUUCGAGCAUGCCCUUCUAUGCUACGGCAUGCUUCAGGUAGAGAUGACCGACUACUUCACUGCAAUCAACAACUACAAUGCCAACACGUUCGUUCAGAAAGACUUGAAAUGGUGGCUCGACACUCUGUUCACUCGGGUUGCGAUGGUCCUGUUUGCUGUCUUGGACAAGAUUGAAGUUCAGGCACUCGACUACUUUGUCAACAAGGAUCUCCUCAAGCAACUCUUCAGGCAUCUACAAUGGGACAACAUUCUUUUCAAUUGGAGGAUUGCGUACGAAGUAUCACCCUUCUCCAUCACAACAUUUCCAUAGGGACACCGCUUGGACCAUGAAUCGAGUUAUCUUUUUUUGUUUUAUGGAAGAAAAUAGUAACGUGCUUGACAUGUGUUCCUUGAUGAAUUUAAUGUGAAAGCUAAAUCAGUCGGUAUUCACGAAUAAAUGUGAGUGAACUGCG